GGUGCCAGGUACAGUUGUGCAGCUCCAAGUUCCGGCGAUUACCAUAACCUCAUCCACUCAGUUAGCUUGUAAGAGUCGAACCGGGCGGAGGGCAACGGUUUUUUUGGCCACAUAAGCCAAAAAUUAACACGCUUGCUCCGUGUGUCCAACGAAACGGAGACCGUGCAUCGGGAUCCGGAGGCGCAGGCAUGCCCAUCCACUGGGACUGGGAUUGGGAGCAUGAUCACGAGCAUGGUCACCACCACUGGCAACCGCCACGUCGCCACUGGUCCACCGGGGAGUCCAAGUGCCGGCAGAGGCACUACUAUCUCUCCCACGACCUGGACGUAUGUGCGCGGGACUUCCACUUGCGGAUGGACGACAGUGCCUGGUGCCAUGGAUCCUGUCUGGUUGGGCGAGUAGUCAUUGAGACCGGCACCGAACCGGACUCCCUGGGCCGGGGCACCUUCAAGGUGGUGCUGGACGUGCACCACUUCCAGAUCUCCGAGCUCACGGUGAAGGCCAGGAACAGCGACACUGUGUGCGUGGAGGGCAAGCAGGCGGAUGACCGGGCGGAGAAGGGUCAGUUGUGCAUCACUCGCGAGUUCACGCGAUCCUACAAGCUACCACGACACUACGAUGCCACCCAGGCACGGGCCACCUUCUCUGCGGAUGGAAUACUGAUGAUUACGGUGCCAGCACCACCGAAACUGGACGACGUGGAGCGCGAGAUCGAGAUUGAGCCCACGGGCAAUUACUUUGGCAGCGUGUCCGAUCCCACGGCGCCCAAGGCUAUCGAGCAGGCGGAUGUGGACGGCGAUGGUGGAGAGGCUAAUCCUGCUGGCACGGCGAUGGACAAAUGAAGCCGGCGACGUCUGGCGGUUGCGCGGCGGUUCCGCUUCCUCAUCCCAAAGUGGAGGCGGAAGCCCAAAUGCGUUUAGGCCGCCAGAGGCAGUCGAUCGGCCGGAGGGCAGUUGGAGUAUUUCAGGCGGAGAAGAAGGCGGAGCACAUUCCAGUCACCUGGCGCACAUGCACGAAAACCAUAGUCACUCGGAUUGUUCCUGGGUUCCAACUUAGAUAGCACGUAGUCCUUCGUUUGAAACGUGAGCAAAUAUGGCGAAGUCAACAUUUUGUAGAAUUUUCUUAAGAUAGCUUCAAUUUAAGAGUUGAUAUCCGCUUGUGAUUUUGUUUUACGCCAAUAAAGGACUUUAUCAGAAAAUGGGAGAGAGCUUUAAAUAUUUCCAGAUUUUCCGAAGAAAUGAUUUAACAGCUUUUAUCUUAUUAUUCAUGCAAAGGUUAUUUUUUUACUUAUUACUAUUUUUUGCACUGGCUGUUCAUUUUCUUCGAGCUUAAUUAUUAAAUAUUAUAGAGAUGAACAUUUCACUAGAAAAUAUACUUACAUUUAAUGAAUUUUAAAUCAAAUCGGAUUAGGGAAUUUAAAGAUAACACAGCUUCAUUCUACCGAGUUGUUAUUUCAAGUACAAUCCGAAUGAAAAUAUCCUCCAGCUAAUCGGGAAAACAAUCCCAAAAUCAGGGAUAAAUCAUGCCUUUGGGAAUACGGCAGCUCGAAUUCAAAACCCAAGCGAAUUGGAUUUUUCGCUGCUCUUAACUUUCCUGUCACGCAGCUUUUGAUUAGCGUCAAAUUUGAAUAAAAUUCACUAACACCUUU